CCUCAUUCUACUCUGUUACCGACAAAAUCAUUACAUAUACCCUCCAGUUCAGGAUUUGAACAACUCAGUUUACUGAGAUAUUGGACCAAUCAAAUGUAUCCACGCAAAGCGGAGACACAAUUGGAUCACAUAUUGCGUUCACCCCCUUCGGCUCCUCCCUCGUAAUCUCUCCAUUACGUUACACUAUCAUCUCUCAACAAUCGCCGCGGGAUAACGACCCUCUACAUACGAAUGAGGCUUUCCAUAUGAUUUGGAAGUGAGUAAAGCUGUGUACAUGGUGCACUCCCUCAUCACUGUACUGGGCAUUCACUUUGAUGGGGAAUCUCACACCGCGCAUCAUCGGUCGAUUAUCGCUGUCAGCGCGUCCGUUUCGUUUACGAAGAUCUCUCAGCACCCGUCUGGUAUACCAACAAGGAUCCGGCCUGCCUCACUAUCGCAAUGGCUCCAACUUACUCACGAAAUGCGUAUACCGAACAUCAACAGCGUAUAGAACGGCCUGACGGCUCAUGGUCCAUCCACCCCUGCACCAUUUCUACCGUCCUUUGGUGGUGUCAAAAUUCAACACAAACCUAUGCAGCUUUCGACCGUUUCUGACUUAGUCCCAUAUAAUGCAGCCCAAAACCAGUAAUUCUCAUAUCCGCUCCCCCUUGCUAGACCAGCGACACGACGGAUGUAGAAUAUGGUUGGUCUCUUGAUUAAGUUUUGAAUGCAUAAAAGACCCCUUCCAGAGACACAUUCUCAUCCCUUCCUUCAUUCACACUUCCCAAUUUUCAAACAGAAGCUCCUACGAAACAACUUCAAACCGCUUAACAAACAAACAAAGCUACCUACAAUCACAAUGGUUCGCAACAUCACCUUGACGUCUUCUAUGAAGACUAAGAAUACCGAGCGUGCUAGCCGCAAAUCCCGUCCGAACACUCCUCUCACACUUACUUCUAUCGCUUCUUCACCAUCAUCUCCCAGUAUCAGGUCGAGCCCUGUCAGCCCCAUGAAGUUCGUCAUCUCUUUUGAGGCACUUUCCCCAAACUGCGCACCUCGGUGGACUACCAAAUAUAUGGGAGGUACUAGAGUGCUUCUCAAGAGGAUUGCUUGAGCCAUUACAUGCCCUAUCAUGUAAGUGAUCUGUGUUUGAAUUACCGCGGUUCAAACCGACCUCGGCUCCUCUCAAGAUUGCCGCUCGUCAUGACACAAUACGGGUGAAUGGACAAUGAGAUAAUGAGCUUUCGAUAUCGUAUUCUAAUUAUUAUGUUCCUAUAAUGCAUGCUGGUG